AAGCACUUAAACAACAAAACGCGUGCUAUCGGUUUUUGCUUAUCGAACUGCACAUCAUCAUGCGUCGCACCGACAACAAAAAAAAAUUUAGCUAUCGCAGCCAACGUUUUAUCUGGGACCCGGCGCCCACGAGACUCUUCUUGAAACUGUGGCUUGAAAACAUUGACGGUUUACGCGGGGCGCGGGUAAAAACGCAGAUUCACAGAGAAAUGGCGGAAAAAAUGCAGAAAUAUGGACCAACCCACGUAGAAAUAAAGGCCAAAUUGGAUAAUAUGACUAAGAAAUAUAGAAUAGAAAUGACAAAAUAUCGCAACAGCGGGCAGCCAUCAAAAUGGGAAUAUUUUAGUCAAGUGCAGGAAAUAUUAAAGGAAUCAAAAUUGGUUAACUUGAGCCUCUGCAUGGCCGACAGUUUUGACUAUUCGCCCAUGGAGGAUUCGGAGAGCAACGAUUCGGCAGACUCGAAUUUCAACGCGUUUAGUCCACCGGCAAUAGCCAACGACGAAACUGAGCUAGCAAGGAGCCCUGAAAGAGCCGCUUCCAUCAAAAGUGACUCGGCCUACUCGGCAAAUACCUAUGCGCCACCGCAGUCAAAUUAUAGCUUUAACAAAACAGAAAGAAUCUUGAGAAUAGAAGAGGCAAAGCUGGCCAUACAAAAGGAAAAACUGAAAUUAAUGAAAAACAUUGCUGAUAAUUUGUCAUCCAUUCAUAGGAAUUUCCUUAAAGCCUACAAAAUGAAGUGAAACCCAACACAAUUUAUUAAAGUCUCUAACCCACUCAUUGAGCAUGUUAAUUAAUUAUAUGUAAAUUUAAUGAAUGCUUGCCUUGACUACUCUUAGCAUAAGUGAUUAAUUAUUAUGUUACUUACCAUCGUACAAAACGCAAAAGACCAAUAUAUAUGUUUUAUGAAUAUUA